UAAAAAAAAAAUCCAUAAAGACAAAUCGAAAGCUUAAAUUCUAAAAAAAUGAAAAAUAAAAUAUUAUCGUGUCCUCCUUGGCUUAUAUAUAAAAAGAAACUUCCACAAAGAUAAAUAGAAAGCUUAAAGUAUAUAAAAAAAAAUUGCCCUUUUGUCCUCGGCUGCGUUUUUCCCGCGCAGAAAAAGGUAAACAUGGCCCCCGCCUUGAUCUCGUCAGAAAGCUAAUCGACUCCUCGCCAACGACAGAGAGACGUUAGCCACCCAAAAUGUACACGAGGGUCAGUAACAUGAACAGCGGGCGGGAUUCGUACUCAAGGAAUAUGGACGGCGGGAGCGAGCGUUGGUCCCAGCAGCCGGAGAGCUCUCAGGACUGGGGGACGCAGCUCUUCUGUUCACAGGACUCUCAGCGUCACCAGCAUAGGGCGCCUCAGCCUUUCCUCAUGAGCAGCAGCCAGGGGGCGCCGCCGCGGGUGCCGGGCGGCCAAGGGCGUGGCGGAAGCGGGGCGCCCACGCCUCCCCCCUCCGAAGCCAGGGACCUCACCCUGGCUAGGGACAUCAGGUUCGGCCUCCACACCAUCAUCUCGGUGAUGCGUGACCUCCCGGACCAGUUGCGCGAAAUCUCAGGUCAGGUCAGCCGGUCGUCCCAGCAGCCCGAGGAGACGAGUCGGGUCGUGCGAGAGACGAGUGAGAGGCUGCAGACGCUGGUGGAGAGUCUCGAGGCCAAGCUCACGCUGCUCCUCGAGAACAAGGAGAAUCUAGAGGGUGUGAGGCAGGCCGUCCUCCAGAACGGAGAGCAGGUGGCACUGCUCGCCAGGAACCUCGACGAAGGAGCCGAAAGGGACGAGAGGCGUGCCGAGGAACAAGCCCGGUUGGAGGGCCUCCUCGAGGCGACCAAGAAGGAGGUGCGAAAGGAGCUCAAGAAGUUACGUGAGGCCUUCCAGGACAUUGAGAGCUCCCAAGGUACGGUAGCCUCUCUGGCUUGCAUGGAAAAGGACAUUACUCAGCUUAACGAGACAAUGAGAGACAGCUUUGCCCAGUUACAGGCAGCUUUCACCCAGCAGCACAAGUCGUCGGGUGUCCAUCUUGAACAGUUCUUCUUGCAGACCACGAAAGAAAUGCAACAGGUUCAGGUGGCCUUGGAGAAUUUGUGUGAAAAAGUGGGCAAUAUUUCAAGGGAGAUCAGCGUUCAGGUUCAGCAGGCGGUGAAGGAGGCGCUGCACCAGAGUCCCAUGGCUAGUGCUGGCAACUUUAUAAGUCCCAUUCAGCGUGCUUUCUCAGGCCACCGCCCCAUGCUGCCUUUCGCUGAGAGCGUGUACCGGUCUCAGGUGUCUCCCGUGGCUCAGGUGCACCCCCAGAGAGCCACCGCCGCCCCGCCGCAGGAUCAGGACCGAGAGUCGGCACCGAGAAUGACCCAGCAUCCCGCGCAGGCCAUGAAGCAUCCCGAAGGAGUCCUGGAGGUGAGGAAGACGUCAGACAAGCAGGAAGUGAAGGCGAGAGGAAAGCAGACGCGGUUGUCCCAGGAACACCCCCACGAUGCUACAGUGUCAUCGCAAGGGCGUCCCGACAAGAUCGCGGACGGCGCCGGGCCGCGGGCCGCGCGUGCGAGCGAGGACCCCGCGGCGACGCUGCUCAAGUCCCGCUUGGAGGGCAGCACUCAGCAGUUCACUCCGCAGAAGACUUUCUUACUGGCUGAUUCGCCGGGAGAGGAAACGCUGAUCCUGGAGUACGACAGCAGCAGCUCCGGGGAUUCCCCAGUGCUUUUGCGCAAGGCCAAGGCCCAAGUCGGGAACCAGCGGUCAGAUGACUGGAUCGAGCAAAGCGUCACGGAAGCGGCGAGGUCCGAAGCCCCCUCCCGGAAGGACCCCAUGUUUCCCCAACUCCCCCGCCCUCCCCCGGGAAUCUGUCUCGGAGGAGGAUGCGAGAAGGGCAGCGUCGUCAGCGAACUCCACCAGGACGUCCUCGCUGUUUUCAUCGCGCCCGAGGAACCGCCCUCCGCCAAGAAGAAGAGGACCGGCGAGAAACAACGAGAAGAUAAGGAGUCGUGUUAUCUCUUCACGCCCGUCGCCAGCAGCUCCAGCCGCAUGCGUCGCUUCCUCACGCCCCACGAGGAUCACGGGCUUAAGCUCAAGCUCUCCAGGCGAAGCAAGAAGGCCACCGUGUGAGAGAGAGAAAAAAAGGAGAUUCGUCUUAUUGUCUGGUGAAAGGAAUGUAGAUGUAAAGGAGUGAAGGAAUUUACAUGUAUAUCGACGAUGAAGGGAAAUAUGGUUUAAUUCUUUAAAGGAAGUAUAUUUUUGAUAUUUUACGUUUUAUGAUUUUAAGAAAAAGAAAGAAAGAAAAAAAAUGGUACAGGCUUUUUGUUAUGUAUCAUUUCGUAUCAUUUACACUUAUUUCAGACAAAAUGGGGAAUUCAUCCAAUUUGCUUGGAUUGGUCUACUUCCAUUCGAAUUAGGCCUACUCUUGCAACAGAGCAACAAUUAUGUACAAGACUUUUGAAUUUAAGUUCUCUUAUCAUUAUUAUGCAAGGGAAUGAUAAAAAAUAUUAGAGUAGUAAUGAAUUUUAGUUGAUCAAGAACUAACUGUUUCAUGAAAAGUUAGGAACAAGACGAUUGUCAAGAUUAUUUAAGGAAUGCUCCAAUACAUAUCGUUAAGGCAAUACUGUUAAGUGAAGGGCUGUUAAUUUCGAAAGAGUAAAACGCUUGAAUAUGUAAUAUUUUUUUUUUUGUAUGAUUUCCUAUUUCCAAAUGUUUAGUGGUUAUUUCUGUAAAUGUUUCUUGGAAGUAGUCUUAACUGUUUUUUUUUCAUUACUCUUAUAUUACACAUAUCAUUUUUCACCAUAUUUGUCAUUAAUAACUAAUAUUCUUAACCCGUAGUGAGAAUAAUGUCACAUAUACAGGACAGGGUUAAAAAACAGCUGUAUCUUCCCUGUUUCUGAUGGUCACUUUGUAUACACAUCCUUUAUCAUGUGAAAAAAAACGUAUUUAUAACACGAAGUUAAGCUAAAAUAGAUAGUGCGCAAGAUCUUAAAUUCAGUCGACAAAAUGCAUUUUUUUAUGUCUCGUUCAUUGUAAACGUCAGCUUAAUGAUUAUUUUGAAAAAAAAAAUAGGUGUCAAAGAUAUUUUGUCAGGAAUCAUAGAUAAAAUUGCAGAAUCAA